AUGACUCUCUUUCACACAAGCCAGAAGAUGCCGUGGUUCCCCAUCAACUUCCACAAAGCCUCCGGGAUGGACACCUCUAACAGGAAGGUCCUGGCACUGGCCUUGAUGUUGCUGCUGUCGCAUGUGGCCUGUGAUGCUCACAGCCUGUCUCAAUGCUGCAAACAACCGGCUCGCUCCUGUCGCUUGUCUGUGUUUCUGUGUCGCUCUGGGAGCAAAAACUUUGGUGGAGCACUCCAACGUGACGACGCCGCUGGCAUCCUCACUUUGGGGAAACGAAAUGACGACGAGCAUAACCUGCAGAGCCGACUCAACCAGCUCCUCCAAGGCUCCAGGAAUCAGGCAGCCGGGAUCCUGACUAUGGGGAAGAGGAUUGCCGAGAGGGCCGGGGAGCAGUACAUGGCCUGGUUGGCUCAGUCAGGAUCAACCAUCACAACGCCACUACCUGAUAUAAGCUAAAUGCCUCAUCAUAUAAGUCGCCUAUGAGACUGUUGAACUCCAGGUAGAAAAAUCCCACCUCUUUGGGGAGUGUCAUUAUACCGCAUGUAUAUUUUCUGCUUAUGAAAAACCUUGUGAUUUUCUUUAAACUGCACUUUUUCGUAUGUGAUGUGAGCGCGCUGGGCUAUUGGAUGACGUUAAGAAGAUGUGUCAAAUUGUACAUAUAUGGAAAGAUGGCUGU